AUCACCGAAUAAAACGAAAACAUAGAAAAUGACCCAAAUUCCUUAUGAAUUGAUCCGACAAGUCCAGAUCCGUACCCGGUCGGCCGCGGGGCUACCAGAUUACGACCCGUCGGAUCCUAACCUACCUCAUCUGCCGUCUCUCUCAGCCACGAUAGCCUCGCCGUCGGACCGCCGCUGCCGGAACUGCAAAGCGUUGCUUCUUAGAGAAUCGGAGUCCAUAAUCUGCUUCUACUGCGGCAUUGGUCCCCAUUACUACGCUGUUCCUGACCCCAUCUGCUGCACCUCCACCGCGGGGUACCAGUGGCUGCUCCGCUCGCUCCACUUCGAUGGAUCGGAAAUGGUUGAUCCAAUCAGUAAAGUUAACCAAGCUCUUGCCGAUCAAGAUUUGUUUCAAAGUGUCCAAUCAUCCAAGCCGGCAGUCAGCUCUUCUGAGCACAUGAACAACAGACUUUCUGGAUGGGAGGCAGAUUUUCAGUUCACUGAUUCUGAAAAUCAGCUUGGUGGGCACACGUCAUCUGAUCAUGUUGUAGCUUCCUCAGAAGGUUCUAAUAUUAAAUUUGAAGACCCCGUGUCCUUUCAGAGCUCCUCGAGUUUAAAUGUUGAUCUUGGUGCUCAACUCGAUUCUGUGUUUGGACCUGGAGAAAACCUGAAUGAUGGGAAAGGAAACGGCAAUGCUUCUGUUCCUACAGCAGCUGGUGACUGGAAUUCGGAUGAUGCAUGGAAUAAUCUGGGGUCGAGCAUGCCCGAUUUGUCUGGUGGAUUUGGUGUUACUUUCAGCGCUAAGAUUGACAAUCAAAAUGACCCUACUACACUAGGCUUCUCAGAAGAUCUUUCUAGCAGUGUUGAUUUUGAUUUGUUCAAGGACUUCCAGACGCCAGCGAACCAUGCAGAUAUUACUAAGAAUAAGAGCAUGAGCCAUGAGCCUACUGCAACGGAUGAGGAUGUAUCUGAAGACUGGAAUGAUUUUGCUUGCUCAACCAGCUUACAAGCUCCUCCCCAAAAUACCUGGGCUGGAAGUUGUGAUCAUGUCUCAACUUCUGAAAAUAAGUCAGCAGAGGACUUGUUCAGCUUUGACAGUAAGCUUGAAGGUGAAAACAAAUCAUCUGAUACUGAUAUAUUCAGCUUCGACAGUAAGCUUGAAGGUGGAAACAAAUCCUCUGAUACUGAUAUAUUCAGCUGUGACAAUAAGUUUGAAGGUGACAAGAAGCCCUCAGGGGGAGAUUUAUUCAGCUUCGACAACAAGCCCUCAGAGAGAGAUUUAUUCAGCUUCGAGAAUAAGUUUGAUGAUGAUAAGAAGACCCCUGAGAGAGAUAUAUUCAGCUUUGAUGGUGAUUUUGGUGGAGAAUUUAGCGGCUACUCCCAGCCUAAUGCUCCUGCACAAGGCAAUGCUAUGAUGUCCAAAGAUCCUGCUUCAAUCUGGUGCGUUUGUACUCUUGGUAGACAAGAUUUGUGCUCAUAUUUUGCCAUAGCCUGCUUUGGUUAAACUAUUUAAAUAUGAAUUUCUUCAUCUUGAUAA